AGGUUCUCGAAAGGAGCGUGAGAGAGGUUUUGCAGACAUCUUGGAUCGAGGGAGUUGCUGCUCGUCAAGAAGAAUGGUCAAGUCAUCCUGCGUCUUGCUCGGUGUUCUCUUCAUUGUCUGUGAUGUCAAUGGGUUCGGUUUCUCUCCCAUGCUCAACUUGAGGAAGGAAAAUCGAUUUGCUUCUCUUUGCCAGCAUCGGCAGUCGCCGCUCGCUGCUGUCAUGAUGGCGCGCCCUGGCGACGGGGGAGCCAGCAAGAUCAACAAGGGAGGAUCGGGGGGCAAUGUGGGGGGCAAGGGAGGACCGGAUUUCUCGAAGGAUCAAGAGGGAGGAGGAGCUGGUGUUGCUGUGCUGACGAAGCCACCUGAUCUUGACAAGGCUGCCGAUUACGAGAAGAAGGAGCAAGUGGACAAGGAGCCGAUCUGGCGCGUUCUUCUCCACAACGACGACGUUCACACUUUCGACUAUGUGAUCGACACGAUCGUCAAGGUAGUGCGGACGGUGACGCGCAAGAAGGCCCACAGGAUCACGAUGGAGGCACACAAGAGCGGGUUGGCCACAGUUACGACAACAUGGAAGCAGCUUGCGAGAGAGUACAGCCUGGGGUUGCAGAAGGCAGGGUUGACGUCGUCGAUCGCCCCUGAGAAGAAGUGCUAGAUUCUACGAGCCUCGUGGGUUGAGGAUGAGAUGUUUGUUGGUCUUCGUCCUCCUCACAGGAUUAAACUAUUCUCUCCUCUG